AUGGCUCCUGGAAAUACAGGUCGUUUUGUUAAACCCUUGGAGAAGUCAUUUUUUAACCAAUUCAAAGAGGAUUCCAGUGAUGUUCGAUUGAAACAAUCUAUAGAAAAUGAUUUAAUUGACAACAAAUAUGGGUUUUUCCGCGUUAAAGAUUACCAAGAGCAUACUGGUUAUCUCAUCAACAUGCAUAGCACUGAAAUUGUUGAUGAGGAUAAACGUUUGGUAGCUGCUGUUGAUUAUUAUUUCAUCAAAGAUGAUGGGUCUCGAUUUAGAGUCACACAACCAUUUCAACCAUAUUUCUAUCUAUUAGCUAAAAAAGAAUAUAUUCAAGAAGUUGUUGCUUACAUAAGUAAAAAAUUUGCUGGUAGUUUUACAAGUAUAGACACUGUCAUGAAAGAAGACCUAGACUUGCCAAAUCAUCUGAUAGGCUUACAACAAAGAUAUAUAAAAAUUUCAUUCGCAACAGUUACUGAAAUGAAUAAAAUGCGCCAAGCUAUAAUGCCAGCAGUCCGAAAAAAUCGUUUAGCACUAAAAAAUAAUUCUUAUUACACAGAAAUGUUGACAGAAUCUUUAGCUAAUUUAUCUGAAGUUGUCUCAUCAAAGAAGCAAGUUGAUCACAUGGAAAAUAUAAUUGAUAUCAGAGAGUACGAUGUAGUAUAUCAUAUCCGAGUAUCUACAGAUCUAAAGAUAUUCACUGGAUUGUGGUAUACAGUCCAAUGUCGUGGACCCUAUAACCAAGCUACAUUUACUCAACGUGAUGACAUUAUAGACCGACCUGACAUGAUUGUUUUGGCAUAUGAUAUUGAAACCACAAAACUUCCACUGAAAUUUCCAGAUGCAAAUACUGAUCAAAUUAUGAUGAUUUCAUAUAUGAUUGAUGGUCAAGGAUAUUUAAUUAAUAAUCGAGAAAUUAUUUCUGCAGAUGUUGUUGAUUUUGAGUACACACCGACACCAGAAUUUGAAGGUCUAUUCACUGUUUUUAAUGAACCUGAUGAAGCUGCUUUGAUAAGUCGUUUUUUUGAGCACAUUAUGGAAAUUCGCCCUCAUAUAAUUGUAACAUACAAUGGUGACUUUUUUGAUUGGCCAUUUGUGGAAACUCGAGCAGCAGUUCAUGAUUUAAAUAUGUCUCAAGAAAUAGGAUUUUCUAAAAACACAGCUGGAGUAUAUAGUUGUCGGCCUGCUAUGCAUAUGGAUUGUCUAUGUUGGGUAAAACGAGAUUCUUACCUUCCGGUAGGAUCACAAAAUUUAAAAGCUGUUGCUAAAGCUAAAUUACGUUAUGAUCCCGUUGAGCUCGAUCCAGAAGAUAUGUGUCGACUAGCCACAGAUGAACCUCAAGUACUUUCUAACUAUUCAGUGUCAGACGCUGUUGCGACUUAUUAUUUAUAUAUGAAAUAUGUUCAUCCUUUCAUAUUUGCUUUAUGCACAAUCAUCCCUAUGGAGCCCGAUGAGGUGUUAAGAAAAGGAUCUGGAACACUAUGUGAAAGUCUUUUGAUGGUAGAAGCAUUUCAUGCAAACAUUAUAUUUCCAAAUAAACAAGAACAAGUGCUAAAUAAACUUAGUGACAAUGGCCAUGUAUUAGAUCAAGAGACUUAUGUUGGUGGCCAUGUAGAAGCUUUAGAAUCCGGUGUAUUUCGAGCUGACAUACCUUGUAGAUUUAGACUAGAUGCAUCAGCUUUCGAUAUGCUCAUUGAGAAAGCAUCUGAAAUAUUUAGAUUUUCAAUUGAAGAAGAAGAAAAAGUCCCUAUGGAUAGUGUGACAAAUUUAGAUGAAAUAUUGAAAGAUGUUGUUCAAAAAUUGGAAGCUCUAAAAGCAGAUCCUUAUCCACUAUUGAAACCAUUAAUAUACCAUUUGGAUGUUGGCGCUAUGUACCCUAAUAUUAUACUUACAAAUCGAUUGCAACCUUCAGCUAUGGUUAAUGAAGAAAUUUGUGCUGCUUGUGAUUUUAAUGUUCCAGGUGCUAAAUGCCAAAGAACUAUGACCUGGCAAUGGAGAGGAGAACUUAUGCCUGCCUCAAGAACCGAGUUUCAACGUAUCCAACAGCAAUUAGAAACUGAGAAGUUCCCCGGUCAAUUUCCUAAUGACCCUCCUAGAGCAUUUCACCAACUGAGACGAGAUGAAAGAGCCACUUGGGAAAAGAAACGAUUGACUGAAUAUUGUCGCAAAGUAUAUAAAAAAACUCACAUAACCAAAAUUGAAGAACGUUCUACAACUAUUUGUCAAAAAGAAAAUUCUUUUUACGUUGAUACAGUUAGAGCGUUCAGAGAUAGACGUUAUGAGUAUAAAGGGCUCUGUAAAGUAGCUAAAAAACAAAUAUCUGAAGCAAUAACAAUUGGUGAUCCUGUGGAAAUCAAAUCAGCUAAAAACCGUGAAAUAUUAUAUGAUUCGUUACAAUUAGCACACAAGUGUAUUCUUAAUUCAUUUUAUGGAUAUGUCAUGAGAAAAGGUGCACGUUGGCAUAGCAUGGAAAUGGCUGGAAUAGUGUGUUGUACUGGUGCUGCUAUAAUUAAAAAAGCUCGUGAAAUAAUUGAGAAAAUUGGUCGGCCUUUAGAAUUAGAUACCGAUGGUAUAUGGUGUGUACUUCCAUCAACAUUUCCUGAAAAUUAUGAUGUCAAAUCAACACAUGCAAAAAAAACUAAAUUUACUGUAUCAUUUCCAAAUGCAGUUUUGAACUCAAUGGUCAAAGAACAUUUCACCAAUCAUGUCUACCAUGACUUAGUUGAUUCAAAAAAUCUAAUUUAUGAACAAAGAAGUGAAAAUUCUAUUUUCUUUGAAGUCGACGGUCCUUAUUUAGCAAUGGUCUUACCGGCUUCUAAAGAAGAGGGGAAAAAACUAAAAAAGCGUUACGCAGUGUUCAAUUUAGAUAAAUCACUAGCUGAAUUAAAAGGUUUUGAAGUUAAAAGAAGGGGAGAACUUCAAAUUAUUAAGAUUUUUCAAUCAUCAGUGUUUGAAGCUUUCUUAAAAGGCGAUACAUUAGAAAAAUGUUAUGAAAGUGUCGCAACUGUUGCUGAUUAUUGGCUAGACGUUUUAUACUCUAAAGGUAAAAACAUGCCAGAUUCUGAAUUGUUUGAACUGAUAUCAGAAAAUCGUUCUAUGAGCCGCAAGCUUGAAGACUAUGGAGCUCAAAAAUCAACUUCUAUAUCAACAGCUAAGCGUUUAGCUGAAUUUUUAGGCGAUCAAAUGGUAAAAGACAAAGGACUUGCUUGUCGAUUUAUAAUAUCCAAAAAACCAGAAGGUACUCCAGUUACACAAAGAGCUAUACCAUUAGCUAUAUUUCAAUCCGAGUUAAGUGUAAAAAGACAUUAUUUGAGAAGAUGGCUUGGUGACAAUUCAAUUGAUGAUAUUGAUAUUCGUGAUGUUCUUGAUUGGGAUUAUUAUAUAGAACGUUUAAGUGGCACCAUUCAGAAAAUCAUUACUAUUCCAGCAACUUUGCAAGGAAUUGCUAAUCCAGUCCCAAGAGUCAAACAUCCUGAUUGGUUACAUAAAAAAAUGUUGAUGAAAGCUGAUCCAUUGAAGCAAAGAAAAAUUACAACUAUGUUUCAAGCAAUGCCAGAGCAUGUGCAAGAAAAUUUGACUGAUCAACACGAAAUUCAAGAUAUUGAAGAUUUUGGAGAAAAUGAAGAUAAUAACCAUGUAGAAAUUAGACCAAGACCAAUGGUAACCAAAAAGCGUAAACGCGACCCUUCUCCAAUUGAUUCUAGAAACUGGAAAGAAGCUUUAGGACCUCCACCUCCAGCUAGUGAUAUUCAGAAUUGGAUUGUGUACCAAAAGAAAAAAUGGAAUUGGCAACUUGAAAUGAGAGCUAAAAUUAUUGGUUUACAUGGGAAACGUAUGCGGGACGAUCAAAUACACGUUCCUAAAGGACGUGCUGGUACUCUAGGAGGAUUUUUAAGGCGGGCACAGCAAACACUCCUGAGUCAACCCUGGCAAAUUAUACAGGUGUGUCAAUCUGGUGAACCCGGUGUUUUAAAACUUUGGGCUAUGAUUGGAGAUGAGUUGCACAAUAUUCGAAUGAAUGUACCUAGAUUCUUUUAUGUAAAUCAGAGGCAAACUGAAAUUUAUGUUAAUGAAAAACAUAUUUCUUGUACUAAAGUGAACAUGAUAUUGCCCAGGGCCAGACCAGUUUUGAAUUUGUACCAGUACACAGUUUUGGAAAAAGAUUUUGGUGAAACCAAAGAUCAUUUUAUGUGCAACCUAUCUAAACCUGGCGUCGAAGGAAUAUAUGAAACCAAAGUUACGCCUGAAUUAAGGGCUUUAUUAAACCUUGGAUGUAUGUGUUCUGUUACUUUGGAAGCAGCAAAAAAAAUGGCCGCAUUGCCAGAUCUUGGACAUUUUUCACUAGAACAAAUGAAACAAGUGUCUCAUAAAUAUUUAACUAACAGCUCUAUAAAAGAUAUUUUCUUGUACUGCAAUAAAGCGCCAACGGGUUUACGAGCCAUGUAUGCAUUGUUUUUAACACCUAGUAAAAAAGCGUUUGUUUGGGUCACAGAUACGGUUCGUACAAAUCGUAUGGCAAAUUUAAACACUUUGUAUAGCAAAGAACGUAAUACCAAAAUUUCUCGUGGACACAACGAAUCAAAUAUCCCUCCAUCUGAUGUCACUUUUGAAGUUAGAGUGGAAACAGAAGAAAGGCAAGUUUACCGACAAAUACAGAGAACUCUUCAAUCUUAUAGGGAUGAAAAAAGAGGACCUACGAUGCUGGUGAUUCAAUCCCCAAUAGACAGUCAAGUAUUGCUGUCCAAUAUUCCAAUAAUGACUGAAUUCCCAGUGGUGACUCUUCACGUACAAGACUCUACUGCCUCUAUGUACGCUCAAAUGGAAUGGCAACGUUUAGGGUGCAGUUUGAUUGUUAACCACUAUCUAAAUAGUCCAGAAAACAUAAAUAUUAUGUUGGAGCAAUGUAGAUAUCUACAAAUACCUCUUGGCAAUUUACCCGCGGAUGUAACAUUGUUUGCAUCAGAUAUUUUCUUCGCUAGGCAUUUGAUGAAACACAAUUUUGUGUUAUGGGUUUCAGAAACUGAUAAACCUGAUUUAGGUGGGCGUGAAACAGAUGACAAUAGAAUGUUAAUGGACUCAGAAGAAAGUUCAAGUAUGCUUGUCAAUAAUGAAGGCUGUUAUACUUCCUAUUGUAUAGAACUUGAAAUUGAUGCCUUACCUGUAACAACAUUAUUACAGUCACAUCAUAUUCAUGAUUUUGAAGGUACAAGUGCUGGUGUUGCAUUUGAUCAAAUACCUCAAGCUUCUCUUGAAGAAAUAAUGGAUGGUGGAACAUUUGUAACACCAACCUACGAUGAAAUAGCAUUGUGUUCAGCUGCUUUUCGUGUCUUACGAUCAAUGGUAAAUGUUUGGUUUCGUGAUGUUGUGCUCCACAAAAAUCCAUUUGCCGAUUUUCAAAUGGUACAUUUUUACAGGUGGCUAAGAUCACCAAAUGCAUUAUUGUAUGAUCCUGCUUUACGCAAAACCCUUUACAGUUUGAUGAGAAAACUUUUUAUGCAAUUAAUUGCAGAAUUCAAACGGCUCGGUUCUACUAUAAUAUUUGCCAACUUCAAUAAAAUAGUAAUAUGUACCAAGAAAAAAUCACUCGAAGAUGCAAUUUUUUAUGUGCGCUAUGUUGUACAAAACAUUACUAACAAAGAACUGUUCCACAGCUUACAAAUAUCAUUAGGGCCGUGUUGGGAAUAUUUGAUGUGGCUAGAUUUGUGGAAUUAUUCUGGAGUUAAAGCUAAGUUUUCUGAUAAAUUAAAAGAAGCGAUGGGAGAUAUAAUUGAUAUGUCUAAUGAAGACGUUGAACAUCUUCUCAAGGAACACAAAGCACCUGGACCUGAUAUUGAAGAAGUCGGGAUUGAAAUGAAUUGGAAUAUAUCUGAAUUUUUACCCAAUGUUUGUCAUGCUCGUAAACAUUUUGAAGAAACAAUUGCUGUUUACAUGAGUGCAAUUUAUAAACACAUGCGGUCAAUUGAUUCUGUGACCCUGAAACGUAUUUCAGAAUCAUUAUCACAAGUCACCCAAAGUAACAUGUUAGGUGUUGCAUCAUGUGAAAGUAUAGCAGAAUAUGCAAAAACCGUAAUUUCAGAAGAACUCACUACAAGAUUAUUCUCGAUAACACAAAAAAUUUAUAAAAAAUAUCCAGUGUUGGAUGUAGAACUCCAGGAAACGCUUUCUCCAUUCUUGCAAAAUAAAGGAAAACAUUUAAAUCCAGCUCUGCAAUUUGUGAAAACUGUUUGCAAAGUACUUUCACUGGAUUUUGGAAUUGAAGAUGAUAUUAUGAAGUUAAGAAAAAAUCUAUUACGCUUAAUUGCUGUUGGUAAUUUUAGUGAUGAAGCUGAUUGGACAGAUCCAUGUCUCUCUUGGACAUUACCUGAAGUAAUCUGUAAAAGUUGUAAUCAUUGCCGAGAUAUAGAUUUGUGUAAAGAUUCUCAUCGAAGUGUAAUUGAUGGAAAAAAAACAUGGCUAUGUCCCAAUUGCAACAGUAGUUAUGAUAAUAUGCUCAUUGAACAUUUUUUGAUUGAUGCACUUGGUAGAAAAGUAAUGGCCUAUACCCUACAAGAUCUACAGUGUACAAAAUGCUCAGAAAUAAAAAUGGAAAAUCUAAAUGCUUAUUGUUCAUGUGCUGGUAAUUUCACAACGGUAAUUCCCAGAAAUGAUAUGAUGUCCUAUCUAAAGACAUUUAAAGCAAUUGCUGAUUACUAUGAUAUGACUCUACUACAACAAAUAUUAAAACAAUAUUUGGACUGA